AAGUGAAGUUCCCGGAUGUAGAAAUGACAUCAUAGGUCAGAGGUCAGGAAAGGAGAGACGAGCAGAAGCAGCUGUUGUUGUGUGUUUCUGGAUUCUCCGGAAGAUUUUGGUGCCAUUUUUCCAGAAAAGAGACACGUUCUGGACAAUCCAUCAUUCCAGUUGCUGGGAAUUAUGAUUCAAAACAGAUAAUGUAGACGGGUGACAGAGUGUGGACUUCUCAAGCAUCACCGUGCCAAAUUUGAUAAAGAUGCCAAAAGCUACGCAGAAAACCAGGCAUGCCGAUCGAUCGCCUACGACAGAGAGCGAAUCACUCAGCGGAACAAGCAGCUUCAGCGUCAGUCAUCCCAAGAACAAGAGCGUGGAGAGUUUGGAGAUGAAACAGGAAAGAAUCCCGCGCCCGACGAACUUCCACAACUGCCUUCACGAAGGUCGGGAGAUGGGCGCCCAGGCCGGGAGUUCCAGCACGCUUCCCACGAUCAGCGGCGUACUAAACCUCAACGAACACCCGAUCAUGCCAGCCAAUCACAGCCAAACGCUGAGGCUGACGAACCAAUCACCCGUCACCGACUUAAACCAGAUCCAUUCAAACUACCGAACCGUGACGCUCACGGGGACAAUCACGCGUGGAAAGAAACGGGGUCAAAUGGUCGACAUUCAGCUUGACCUGACGGAUAAAGAAAUUGCGGAGCUGAGCACGAUAAGCGAGGAAAAAGAAGAAGAAGAAAAUACCCCGAAAGACGACUGUAUUUGGGGUAUCAACAAAGGCAUCCAUAUAUUCAUAUGGAGUGUAUUGUGCUUUCCUGUCGUGUUUGUGAUCGCGUUCUUCGUCGCGUUCUAUUACGGGACCAUCACGUGGUACAACAUAUUCCUCCACUACAACGAAGAGAGGACUUUUCUCCAUAAGGUUAGCAUAUGUCCGCUGUUGAUUCUGUUCUACCCCAUUUUGAUCGUGGUCGUGUCUCUCAGUCUCGGAGGAUAUUCGGCGUGCGUCCAGUUGUCAUGGUACUGCGACAGUUGGCGCGAGGACGUCGGCGACUUCGAGAAAGGUUUCUUCGGAUGGAUGUGUAGCAAGUUGCGAUUGGACAGUUGUUCGCCGUACGACGUUGUUGAACUAACGACCCCCGAGGGAGAAACCUUAGCGCAACAAGACCCAGCAAGCCCACCACCACACUCGGAAUCUACAGUGUAAAUAAUUUGUAUCAACGUUACAACUUGUGCAACUGUCUACAGAGGCAAAGUACUUCAAGCUAGGAGGGGGGUGAUCAAUAAGUUUGUUAUCUCACAAAAA